CUUGCAGCGGUGCGUGAAUCGACUCCGCCGCGAGGAGCAGAGUGUUCCCCAACACAGAAGUUUCUUUGGACGAACCGCUCACCGGAUUCUCAAAUGAAUAGGUUUGAAGCCAUUAACAGAGGCUUACUGUGAAGACGCCGAGGAUACAUUACCUGCGUUUUCCUCGAAAGCUUUGCAACAUGAAGUUUUGGAGUGUUGUGUUACCUGUUGUCUUGUAUGCGGUGUCUGCACGAGGGGGAUCAAAGCUGCAGGAGCCGUGUGCAGGUCGGGACUGCAGUGGACCGUGCCCGUGUUUGCCCUUAAAGGGUAGCAGGGGGCAACCAGGGGAACCUGGACAGAUGGGCAGCAGUGGUCCUGAGGGUGUCCCUGGGGUCCCAGGGCCAGUUGGACCCAAAGGAGAAAAGGGCCAUGUAGGACGCAAAGGGCCCUCUGGACCAAAUGGAGAUAAGGGCCCAAUGGGUGUUCCUGGGUUUUCUGGUAAUGAUGGUGUUCCAGGACACCCUGGGCAGGAGGGGCCCAGUGGACCUCCUGGUUUGGAUGGCUGUAAUGGUACACGAGGUGACCCAGGUGACAGAGCCCGUGAUGGGUUUCCUGGUCUUCUCGGUCGUCCUGGAUUCCCUGGUCAAAAAGGUCAAAAAGGAGAACCAUAUUAUGUAGAUGUUUUUGAUCAAAAUUUUAUAAUCGAAGGCCCUCCAGGUCCACCAGGAUUUCCAGGUUCAGUAGGAAUUCCAGGUCCAGAGGGGCCCAGUGGUCCAGAUGGAUUUCCUGGGGUGCCUGGUCCACCUGGUCCUCCUGGACCUCCAGGAAGUCCAGGUCAAGGAUACAAAGGAGAGCCAGGAGAAAAGGGGGAUGUUGGUCUACCAGGACUCAGGGGCAGUCCGGCCGUUCAGUUUAACGCACCAGCAAUAAGCACUAUCAACAAAGGAGAGAAGGGUGAUAAAGGCUAUGACGGUUCUCCAGGUUUUCCAGGGAGACAGGGACCACCAAGCCCAUUCAGUUAUAAAGGUGAGACUGGAGAAAAGGGAAUCCUGGGCUUGCCAGGCUUAAGGGGUCCACCUGGUCUGAACGGUCCUCCUGGGCUUCCUGGGAUAAAAGGCUUCCCUGGGAUUCAGGGUUUUCCAGGACAACCAGGUUUUUAUGGGCCAAGGGGUGAGAGAGGAGAGCCAGGUCCACCUGGACCGAUUGUGGAACCAGUAGGUGGAAUUAAAGGUCCUUCAGGUGAUCCUGGCUUUCCUGGUUAUCCAGGGAUAGUUGGAGAUACAGGUUUUCCUGGGCUUCCCGGUCAGCCUGGUCCUCCUGGAGUGCCUUCUUCUCUCACAGGUCGUCCAGGCACUCCUGGGUUUCCCGGUAGUCGUGGACUCAAAGGACCGAGGGGAAGCCCAGGUCGGGACUCUUAUGGUCCUGAAGGUCUUUCUGGAAGUCAAGGGCUUCCUGGACUUCCAGGUCUCCCUGGACCACCGGGCAGUUCACCCAACCUGUUCCUUGCUGGACUGCCUGGUCUUCCAGGCCAGCCUGGGCCGAAAGGACCUCCUGGAAACAGAGGCUUUAAAGGGUUUAAAGGAGAAAAUGGUGACUGCGACUGUUUAGGUGGAGGAACAAUUGGUGGACAGGGACCUCAAGGGCUUCCAGGGUCCCCAGGUUUUGCAGGACUCAAUGGCGUGAAGGGAGAAACUGGUGACGUAGGCUUCCCAGGACCCCGUGGUCCACAAGGCUUUGAUGGUCGAAAAGGUGACAGAGGCUUUAGAGGGCGUAAAGGAGAAAAAGGUCAUUCUUUCUUCCCGGAAGGCAGAGGACAAAAAGGUGAUAUGGGUCAACAGGGUCUUCCUGGACCACUUGGAGAAAGUGGCAAGCCCGGAAGGGACGGAUCCCCUGGCCUCCCUGGACAACCAGGUCUACCUGGGGAGCCUGGUUUUGGGGUGACUGGAGAUAAAGGUUUUCCUGGUGUUCCAGGGUUCAAAGGUCGUCCUGGUGACAGGGGCGAACCUGGUAUUGGCUAUCCUGGUGUAGCUGGGAUCAAAGGUUCACAAGGUGAUCCUGGAUUCAAUGGUCUUCCUGGAACACCUGGACUUCCUGGUUCUAAAGGUGACAGCUGUGGGCAGGCGGGGCUUAAUGAUGCCUCUUUGGAAGAGGGAGGAUCACCACUGCCCUGUAGGAUUCCUGGUGAACCUGGAGAUCCAGGAUACCCUGGAAAUCCUGGAGUGCCAGGGCUAAAGGGUCAGCCUGGUUCCCCAGGAGUGAGUGGGCGCCCAGGGUUUGAUGGGCCAAAGGGUGAGAGAGGAGAUCCAGGCUCUGGAGGUCAGCCAGGACCUCAAGGUUUUACCGGACCCAGAGGAGAUCCAGGUUUACCAGGAGCAACAAAUGCUGGCUUGCCAGGGCCUCCAGGAAGAGGUGGUUUUCCAGGUUUGUCAGGAGCUAAGGGAGAACCAGGUGUGGUGCUUGGGGCCACCCCUGGACGUCAAGGUUCUCCAGGGAGACCAGGAGAGCCAGGAGACAAGGGUCAACCUGGUGUACCUGGUUUACCAGGGAGGCCUGGUAAUGAUGGACGCAGUGGAUUUCCUGGUGUAAAGGGAGAACGAGGUGUAGAUGGAAGUCCUGGUCCCAGAGGUCCUGUAGGUCCACCAGGAGAAAUCCCUCCCAGGGAUCCUGGUCCCAGAGGGCCAACUGGACCUAAAGGAUUUAAUGGACCUCCAGGUUUCCCAGGCCUGAAGGGUAUGAGAGGAGAUCCAGGGCCUCCAGGGCGUCGUGGACUAAAGGGUAUACCAGGACUUCCUGGCAUCCCAGGGUCAGAGGGAUUUAUGGGACCUCCUGGACCUCCCGGCAUUGGAACACGUCCAGGCAUACCUGGAAGACCAGGAAUAAAGGGGGAGAAGGGGUCUUUUGGAUUGUUGGGGUUCCCAGGAUUACCUGGUUCUGCUGGAGACCCAGGUGGUCCAGGAGUUAAAGGUUUACCUGGUUUCGCUGGGCAGGAUGGCUUACCUGGGGGAACUGGAUCAAGAGGAACCAAAGGGGAGCGUGGUGCUCCUGGUCUUCCAGGACCCUCUCUUCCAGUGCUUCCAGUAGAGGAGCUGGAAAGGGGUAAUAAAGGUGAACCAGGAGGUGGCGGACUGCCUGGUUUCCCAGGACCAAGAGGUAACAAGGGUUUUCCUGGUAGACCUGGACGUGAUGGCUUUCCUGGAUCACCUGGUAUUGCAGACCAAGCAAAAGGUUUUCCUGGCCAGCCUGGACUCCCAGGUAUUCCUGGCUCCUUUGGCUUGCCUGGUCCUAAAGGUUCACCUGGAGUUCUGGGCUUCCCUGGCUCACCAGGCCCGAGGGGUGAUGAUGGUGUACCUGGGAUUCAAGGGUUCCCAGGUGGUCUAGGACAACCUGGUAGCAAAGGUGAGAAAGGUGAUUCAUAUGAAUUAUCUGGACCCCCUGGACCAAAGGGUACGAUUGGAAAUCCUGGAUUCCCAGGUGGUUCAGGAGUUCCUGGUGCACCAGGUGAUCCAGGUUUCCCAGGAGUCUCGGGAUUUCAAGGCCAGAAAGGUUUUCCUGGAGAGCCAGGAGCACCUGGAUUUGGUGGCCCACCAGGCCUCCCAGGAAAUAGGGGUCUCCCUGGUUAUCCCGGACAGAGGGGCCGUGACGGAGAUUUGGGUCGUCCUGGAACUCCAGGUUCACCAGGAGAGAAAGGUUUUCCAGGAUCACCUGGUUUAGUUGGGCUCAAUGGUCUUCCAGGAUCCAAGGGGCAGUCUGGAGUUCCAGGUGUGACUGAAGGUGGUCGGACUGGAGCUCCUGGUGUGAAUGGCCUGAAGGGAGAGAGAGGCUCAUCACAGCCCGGAGUACCUGGGCGUUCUGGAGAAAAAGGAUCUAGAGGAGACACUGGUGCCCCUGGUUUUUCAGGCUUCCCUGGUAAUCGAGGCCCCCCUGGCCCACCUAGUUUUUCUAAUAUCCCAGGUCUUCCCGGAGACCCUGGACUUCCAGGAUUAGAUGGACGAGAAGGUCCCUUUGGCCCUCCUGGCCUACCUGGUCCACCAGGCCCUGGAACAGUCCAAGGAGACCGGGGAGAUGCCGGAUUUCCUGGGCGACCAGGAAUACCAGGUCCACGUGGAGACCCCGGUGGUUUUGGAAGCCCUGGAUUUGAAGGCAGCCCUGGUUUUAAAGGACAAAGAGGUGACCCUGGCUUUAGUGGUAUACCUGGUCCACCAGGGUUCCCUGGAGAACCAGGAGAUUAUGGCAGGAAUGGACCCAAAGGAUUAAAGGGUAUUCCCGGUCGUAAGGGACCUCCAGGUAUUGUGGUCCCACAUAACAUAACCGGCACUAGGCCAUUUGGGGAACCAGGCCCAGCAGGUCUUGAUGGAUCUGUUGGUCAGGCAGGAAUGCCAGGCCUGCCAGGCAGUCCAGGAUUCCCAGGUCCCAAAGGUCUCCGAGGGUCAGUGGGUAGACUUGGUCCUGUUGGUGCAGCUGGAUCUCCUGGAACUUUUGGUGACCCUGGACCUUCAGGAAUCCAAGGACCCACCGGAACUCAAGGAGCCCGUGGCCCACCAGGAAUGCGAGGUCUUCCUGGUCCACCUGCGCGCAGUACCGGUAUCGGUUAUACUUUGGUGAAACACAGUCAGUCCACCCAGGUGCCCAUGUGUCCUCAAGGCAUGGCCAAGCUGUGGGAGGGCUACAGUUUGCUCUAUGUGGAGGGGCAGGAGAAAGCACACAACCAGGACCUGGGAUUGCCCGGCUCCUGCCUGCCACAUUUCAGCACCAUCCCCUUCCUGUACUGCACAGUCGAUGAAAUCUGCCGCUACGCUAGUCGCAAUGACAAAUCCUAUUGGCUGUCCACCACAGCACCCAUCCCCAUGAUGCCCGUGGCAGAUCAGCAGAUAGCUCAGUACAUUAGCCGCUGCUCAGUGUGUGAGGCUCCAUCUCACGCAAUCGCUAUCCAUAGCCAGGAUCUCAGCAUACCGACCUGCCCUCAGGGCUGGAGAAGUCUGUGGAUUGGUUACUCCUUCCUAAUGCACACAGCCGCAGGUGGCGAAGGAGGCGGUCAGUCAUUGGUGUCUCCCGGUUCUUGUCUAGAGGAUUUCCGCGCUACCCCCUUCAUCGAGUGCAACGGUGCCCGCGGUACCUGCCACUACUUUGCCAACAAGUACAGUUUCUGGUUGACCACGGUAGAGCAGAAUGAACAGUUCAUCCAGGGUCCUGCCCGGGAGACGCUGAAGGGAAACGAGUACCGGUCACGCAUCAGUCGCUGUCAAGUCUGCAUGAAGAUCUUGUAGCUUUUGUAGAUUCAUUACAGGAGACUUUAACGAAACGAUUAGAAGAAGAGUGGAUGAACUGAGCAGAGGAAGAUAAAGGAAACAAACAUGAACUAAUCUGAUUUCAUGCCCUUGAUGCCCAACAGUGGUAGUAUGAAGGGCUAAGGUGAGCCCAUGGUAAAUAUCAGGGGGUUGGAAUGAAAAGAAGUGGAGAAAGAGAUUUUACUCUUUUCAACAGUGGUGCUAUGUUAAAAAUGUUACAUUGUGUUUUUGUGUUAUAGCUUUUUCUUUAAGUUGUUGGUCAUAUUCACGGCUACCUCAGAGAGUACCUCAUCCACCUGACUUCCAGUGGAUGGCACAGAAUAAUACAUCUUGAUUUUUCAAAAGAAUCCAUGCAGCGAUGCAAACAAUAUUGCAUUUCAUGUAUAUGUUCUGGUUUCGGUACCCUGUGUUAGUUCUUGCUUCACAGUCAUAUUAACCAUUUGUUAAUCUUGUUUACCAUUCAGCAAAAUGGACAAACCAGCACUUUGCAAUCUUCAUGAAUAAGAUUGUCUUCAUGAUUUUAUUACAUGACCAAAAUGUGUAUAUUUUUCUGAAUACUCAAAACGUCAUUUACUUUUUAUAAAAUGUCUAAUUUACUGUGUGCAUUGGAGGAGAUAAAUAGACUAAUUUUGAGUUAGCCAGUCUCUUAGAGAGAUUGGUUGAUAUGUAACCACUAUGACCACUAAACCUUUCAGUCUCUCAGGUAGCCCUGAGUAUACGUUUUCUUCUAUUCGUGUUACAUUUCAUCAUGUGUCUGUAAGUGGUUAGAUUAUGAUUUCUUCAUUUCAUCCCCUUGAUAGAAAGGUGUACAUUAAAUUAUAUGUACAUUUAAUAAUAGGGAAAGAUUUAACAAUAUUUCCCCAUUUAUGUUGCUUUUGGUUAUUUUACUAAAAUGAAAUGAUGUGAAGAUUGGCUGUCACAAGUGGGCAAUUUGCUUAUGUUUUUACUGCUGUGAGACUAAAAGAGAUGUAUAAUUUCAUAACCCGGUAAAUGUUAAUAACAGAGCAUUAAACAUUUUUUAAAUGAGAGGAUGACAUUUUCCAGUAUUUCAUGUAGUGGUGUAAAUGUUUGAUCUGAAUGCUCACAGUGAGUACAUGUAUGAAACCUCUCAAAUAAAAGUACUCAAAUUUUUAAAUGUUGUCUGUCUUAAAUUAAGUUGCUGUUGUGGUGCAAAACCUUUAAUCUUUAACGUUUAAACUAAUAGUACUGGCACUCAGUUUUGGGUUAAGUUUUUAGUGAUGAUGGAAUAGGAGGAAUGAAAAUUGUUGGAACUCCAAAUCAUUCUUAAA